AUUUUGAUUAAUUUUUUUUAAAUAAUUAAUACGUCUUCGCCAAAAUCAGAAGUGGGAUAGAGCUCUUUUGCCUAUUCCCGCAGCUGGUGGCAGCGAGUGACAUUUUUUAAAUUGUAGUGGUUAAUAAUUCUAAGUUUAAAUAAUGUCCGGACGCCGAACACGUGCUAGUGGCGGUAGGGCUACGCGUCGCGACGAGAGCUCGAAUAGCAACUUGCAGGAACAGAUAGGCACGAUCCUCGCGCGACUACGGUCGUUGGAGGAUCGCGCCAUCCCAUCGGCCAGCGUGGGCUCCGUGCGCGCGCUUGCUAUCGAGCCCGACCACGUGGCGUCCGAGCCAUCAGCACCGUCGGAAACGGUUCCACCGCCGGAAUCUACCGCCAGUGCUGCCGAAACGUCCACCGCGAGUUCGUUACCUACCCUCGACCCGACGGACAGGAUCAUCGAAGCACUCGGCGUGCUAUCAAAAGUAAGAUCCAACCAUUAUUACAUUUCAAAUUUUGAUCCGAGCUUACACGACAUCGAUUCUUGGUGUGAAGAAGUUGAAAAAGCUCGCGCGAUCAACGGGUGGGACGAUAACGAGUGCUUAGCGAGAAUAGCUAACUGUUUAAAAGGGGACGCCCGUAGUUGGCUGAACGACUGGGUCACCAGUGAUCGCAGUUGGACCAAUUUUAAAUUAGAAUUUAAGCCAUUGUGCUCGCGAAGAAUCGAUGUCGCUAACAUACUUUAUGAGGUUAUGAGUACGAAUUCUGAUCGCUUUGCUACAUACGCGGAAUAUGCUAGACGCUCGCUUUUACGCUUGAACAUAGUAAAAGGCUUGAGCGAUGAUUUAAUCGUUGCUAUUGUUAUUCGCGGCAUUUGCGAUCCGCAGAUUCGUGCUACAGCCAUGAAUGCUCGACUUACAUCUAAAGACCUUGUUGAAUUUUUGUCUAUUUACACUAAACCGAAACCGAGUGCAUUCCGUGAUCCUGUGCGUCCUUCGCGUAGUAAAUUUGUAGAUUUCAAUAAUCGUAAACGUAGUGCUACGCCUAGUCAAACCCAUACCAGACGUGAUUUAAAAUGUUAUACAUGCGGUAACGUCGGUCACGUACAAAAACUUUGUCCGAAACGUCCUAAGCCUGAAAACAAUACCGGUUCUACGAUAAGUUCAAAUACUACGAGUAAUAUUAAUACUUCAUUAACUGUGUGCGCUUUUUGUAAGAAAACCGGUCACGACGUCACGACUUGUUUUGCUAAACAGAGAUCGGAAUUUCGUAAUACAAAAAAUGUAAAUUUCUGUCGUGAAAUUGUAGGCUCAAUUAAUAGUGAUCUCACUACCGCGGUCGUACAAGGUAUUCCGACUGACGUUUUAAUAGACAGUGGCUCCCAUAUCUCGUUAAUUUCAGAGUUUGCGGUAAAACAUUUUAAUUGCGCGCGGGUACCCACAUAUCAACUUUUGCGCGGUAUCGGUAAUCAAAACAUUGUUUGCACUAGUUACGUGACAUUAGUGAUCGAAUUCAGUGAUAUCUCGUUAGAAGUUGAUUUAUUUGUUGUUCCGACGGGUUGUAUAAAUGUGCCAAUUUUGAUAGGAACGGACGUUUUAAAUAGGGACGGAGUGGCUUAUAUACGUGUGAAUAAUGAACAAAGAAUUACUCGGGUGUGUAAUACGAAUUCAGUGAGUACUGUGUUAAUUGUUCGAUCUGACGAUCCGUUGUCGAUUGAUACGCCAUUGCAAGGAAUCGAUCGGGAUAAGCUUUAUGAGGUAAUUAAUCAGUUUAAAGAUAGUUUUAUCGUGGGUACCGCCUCAACUACCGUUAAUACGGGCAGUAUGCACAUCGAAUUAACGAGUGAUGUCCCAGUACAUUAUAGGCCUUACAAGCUUUCUAUUGACGAGAAAAUGAGGGUUCGAGAAAUAAUACGCGAUCUAUUAGAUAAGCGGGUGAUACGCGAGUCCGAAUCUCCAUAUGCCAGCCCCAUUAUUCUUGUCAAAAAGAAAGAUGGUAAGGAUCGGCUUUGUGUAGACUACCGGGCGUUAAAUGCAAUAACGGUGAAGGAUCGCUAUCCAUUACCGUUGAUUCAAGAUCAUAUUGAUCGACUUGGUAAAUGUAAGUUCUUCAGUUGCCUGGAUAUGGCAACUGGCUUUCAUCAAAUAGGAUUGGAUAGCGAUUCUAUACCGAAAACGGCCUUCGUUACGCCCGAGGGCCAGUACGAAUACUUGAAGAUGCCCUUUGGUCUAGCCAACGCUCCGGUCGUCUAUCAAAGAAUAAUUACCAAAACUUUGAAAACAUUGAUCGAAAGUGGCAAAGUCCUGGUUUACGUCGACGAUGUCCUUGUAUUAGCUAACACGAUCGACGAGGCAAUCGAAAAUUUACGUGAGACACUCCAAACUUUGACUACAGCUGGAUUUUCCAUCAACCUGAAAAAGAGUACGUUCGUGGCAACAGAGGUGGAGUAUUUGGGGCGUAAGAUAUCCCAAGGUCAGGUGAGGCCAAGCGAACGUAAAAUUCAAGCUCUCAUUGAUUCACCGGUUCCCACGAACGUGCGACAGGUACGACAGCUCCUAGGGCUAGCCGGAUAUUUCCGCCGAUAUAUACCGGGUUACGCAUCUAAAACCGCGCCCAUAGCGUAUUUAACACGAAACGGUGUGCCAUUCCAGUGGGGUGAGGAGCAGGAAAAAGCGCGGAAAUACUUAAUCGACUGUUUAACUAGCGAGCCGGUGCUUGCGGUGUUCAACCCUUCACUCCCCACAGAAUUGCACACUGACGCGAGUGCUAUCGGGUACGGCGCUGUGCUCAUUCAGGUACAUUCUAAUAAUCGACGUCGUGUAGUCGAGUAUUUUAGUAGAACCACGCAGGGCGCCGAACCACGAUACCAUUCCUAUGAGCUCGAGACUCUCGCAGUCUUGAGAGCUCUCCAACACUUUCGGCAUUAUUUACUCGGAAUUCCGUUUAAAAUCGUCACCGAUUGCAAUGCACUAAAACUGACUAAAAAUAAGAAGGACCUACUUCCGCGUGUCGCCCGCUGGUGGAUGUAUAUGCAGGAUUUUAAUUUUGUUAUCGAAUAUAGAAAAGGUGCAUUGAUGCAACACGCGGAUUUCUUAAGUAGAAAUCCUGCUGACGUUCGCCAGAUAACACGACCGCGGAAUUGGGCCCAGAUCGCGCAAUCUGCUGACGAUGAAACGCUUUGUGAUCGAGGCCGUAUGUUCGAGAGUAUGAGCUUCCAAAAAUGGGUAAACGAGAUGGGAUGUCAAAUUCAUUUUAUCACACCCGAAAUGCACGCUGAAAAUGGUCAGGUAGAGAGAUACUGUAGGACUGUUUUAAAUAUGUUGCGUAUUGAGGCCGGUAACAAAAAGGAGUGGUCCGACUGCUUGUGGCGGCUACAGCUUGUUAUAAAUUCUACUAAACGUAAAACCACACAAACUUCACCUUUACAAGUACUAGUGGGUAUUGACGGCACCACCCCUAUUAUACGGGCUUUGAUUCGUGAUGUCGCAGUAGAAAAUACUCGACCUAACCGCGAAGGUUUACGUGAAUUACGUAGACAACGAACUACCAGCCUGUUGGAGCAAAACAGGCAAAAACAAGAUGCCUACAUCAAUAAGAGCCGCAAAACUAUUCGCACCUUCAAGGAAAAUGACUUAGUUUUCGUCAUUAAAAACGCACAGAUGACUGGGAAGUUAGACUCUGGUAUGAGGGGUCCUUAUUGUGUUACUAAGGUUUUACAGCACAACCGCUACCAACUACGACUACUUGGCAACUCCUAUGGCAAAACAACGCAGGCCGCUGCCGAGCAUAUGGUAGUUUGGCGUGGAGAAUGGACCCCCGAGUCGUGCGCCACGUUUUUUGACAUUGCGGAUAACGAAACUUCCGAGGAAUCUGUUGAAGGUGAAGAAAAUGCAGCUGGACCAAGCUGUGUGCAUAUUGAGGAACAUCCUGAUGGUAGCACACCAUCGGAGACAUCCUUCGUCGAGGAAGGUGGUGCAGAAGUGGCCGAGAACGGCCCCUCGUCAGGAGAGGCCGUGUUAGCAUAAAGAAGUCCCGAAGGCGGCCAUGUUGGCAACCCAGCUAUAUAAGCAGAGCGCUUGCGCCGGUCACUCUCUUUGCUCAUCGAGCUUUCGUGCCGUGAACAUCUCGUGUGUCGUGUCGAUAAUUUCGUUUUUGUUAAUUUCUGUUAAUUUGUA